CAGCCAGUCAGUGUGGUUCGUGACGGCGUGGAGGGUGGAUGUACGCCCGUGUCGCUCCUGAGACCUCGCUGUCGCUCGGCGUUGGAGCGAACUGUACGGAGAGACUUUGGGAGUUGUUGGUGGUUUAGUGUUUUCUUAAUUUUCCCUCCCCCGACUUUUGUGGAAGGAUUUAUUUGUGUGUAUAUGUACGAGGAGGAUGUGAUGAGCGAUUGAGAUUUGAAAGUUUUUACUUUAUUUUUUUUUAGUUUGAUAUAAUUUUUUGGAUACUUUGAUUUUCAAGUCAUAGCACGCGAGUUCUAUCUCGACUAUUUUGUUGUAGUAAACGUGAGACUCGCCUCUUUAGAAACUGAUAAAAAUGAUGAUGUGUCCUGAGCGUUGGGUCAAAGCUACGAAGGCGAAACUAUGAGAAAGAGGAAGAAGGCGAGCUCAGAGGAACCGCUGACGAAGAGGAAGAAGAGGAAGUGAAUGAUGAGGAAGAGGGCAAGAGGGAGGAGACCAGGUGGCGUUUGGACAUUACGCGAGCAUUACAUGCAUUGCCUCCCUCGCUGCGUGUAGUAGUCGUUGCACAGUGCACAUGCAGGACCCUUGGAUUCCGUCGCCCCCUUAUUUAUUUAUUUAUUGCUCGCCCCCCCCGUCGCGGAUCCAGGAGCGGUGGCGGUCGCGCAAGUGAGAGGCCUAGCCACCUCCUCCUCGGUUUAGUGAGAGUCGAAGAGGAAUACUGAACACGUACAGGGAGAAAGAGGAGUCGGGCUGGGAAAAAAGAGGAGUUAAGACGGCGCGAGGGAAAGUGAAAAGUUCACAAGGACUUUAACUCGACUUGUGCGGAGGAACUGCACCGCGGUCCCAAGCGAAGGUUUCUGUGCUGUGUGUUACGGUGUUCGUGAUGGUGUUACGCUUGUGCUCUGACCUUCCGCCGUGUUACUGUGACGUGGUGCUCGGCUCGAGGUGGAGGAGGAGCAGCAGCCAGUAAUCAUCCCGCCGAAGGAACAAGUUGGAGGUGUUGGAUGAAAGGACGACCUCACGGCCAGCGUCAAGGAUGGAACGGCCGCUGGUGCGACGAAGACACGCCAGGGAGGACUACGACUUCGGAUGGGCGCCCUUGAGAGCCAGCCAGCUCGCGUCGCCGCAGGUGUCUUCGUCCCCGUCCCGCCAUGAGGACCGCGAGAGGAGGCGCCGCCGCAGGAGGAACUCCGGGGACCGCGACCGCGACUCCUCCGGCCGCAGGGAUGGGCGCUCCAAGGGCGGCCGCGACGAUCGGAGGGCGCUCCCCACAGACUAUCGGGGCGCCCUGGCCAAGUUCGCGCCCCCGGCCCCCCACGCCCUCCUCAAGAAGAUAGGCAGCAAGGACGUGCAGGGCCUCGGCAAGGUGCGCGUGGUGCUUCGCGUGUCCCCCGCCGUGACCCUCGCGGAGGGCGAAGCCGAGGUGGUGACCCUGGACAAGCGGCGGCGACAGGUGACCCUCGUUGACCCGCAAACCCGCCAGGCCCAGGAGUCUCGCGUGGGUGUGGCGGCCCCCAAGAUGUUCGCCUUCGACCAGGUCUACACGCAGGAAGACUCGCAGAAUGAAGUGGUGUCCGGGGCAGUGGUGGACGUGCUGCAUGCUGUCCUGGCCGGCAACGACGGGUGCGUGCUGUGCUUUGGUGGCGCCUCCCUAGGGAAGACGUACACCAUGCUGGGCUCCCACACAGGCCCCGGGGAGCUCGGUGUGAUGCCCUCGACGGUGGCGUGGCUGUACAGGGCGAUCGUGGAGCAGAAGGCGAAGAGCGGGGCGAGGUUCAGCGUGAGGGUGUCUGCGGUGGCCGUCGACUCUGCCGGAGCUUUGUUCACUGAUCUACUCGCCGAAUACGCACAAGAUGGCGAGGCUUCCCCCAGUGCAUUGCUCCGAGACUCAACCGGCGGCUACCUGUCCUCGGUGGCCGAGCUGCGUGCGCCCUCGCCGGAGGCCGCGGCCCAUUACCUCGACGUCGCGAUUGCUGCGCGGGCCUCUCACGCCCAGGUGCAGUCCAGCCAACAGCAGGCUCCGGCCUCGGGCUCGGCCACGCUCCUCUACACAUUGCACAUUUACCAGUAUGCUGUAGAUAAAUCAGGCAAAGGAGGAGUUGUGGGUGGUCGAAGUCGCUUGCACAUGAUAGAUGUCGGGGACCUGAGUGGCAGCGGGGGCGGCAUGUCCCUUUCCGCUCUCACCUCAGUCCUCCUCGCAAUCUUCAACGGUCAACGAUACCUGCCUCACCGGGAGAACAAGCUGACCAUGUUGCUGAAAGAGGCGCUCGGCUCGGUUACUUGCCACGCAGCCAUGGUAGUGCACAUAUCCCCUUCCCCGAGGCACGUGCAGCACACGCUCGCCACGCUACAACUGGCCUCGCGCGUCCACCGAAUGAGGCGCAAAAAAUUGAGGGGUCUUGGAGGUUCUAACUCCGGCGGCAGUUCUGAAGGGUCGCACAGUAGAUCCUCAGGCGGUGACACUUCUGCAGGAUCUUCAUCCAUGGACUUCUCCUCCUCAGAGCAGUCAUGUGAUACAGUCAUUUACAUUGGUGGGGGAGGACCAGGAGAUGCAACAGACAAUGAGCAUCCUCCUGUGUUCAUGCCCCAUCACACCAACCAACAAAUGUGGCCCAUUGCCCGACUACGGUCCAUGGAACACCUGCGCCCCCAUUCAGCAUCACCUACACCUGCACAUACGCGCCGUGCUGCCUCGGCUAGCCCGACGCCCACACGAUCUGUUCCAAAUGGCGGUCUCAUGAAACCUCUUCCUCCUCCAAGGACAGUCAGCAACACCAGCAGCCCGGCUAACAGUGGAAAGUCUCCAGGUGGAAACUUUAUUCGUCAUCAGCCAGGGGUCAGCAAGGUGUCAUACAACAACAACACUGGACAGCAACCCCUCCUCUCAUCAUUCAAGCCACAGGUCACCCUUGGGCCCCUCGUCCCAGGCGACCUCAGACAUUUUAACUAUAAUGCUUAUGAGGAGCCCAAUAAUAUGGUUCCCAUAUUCCAGAGAUCUCGUCUCCCAAUCCCUGCACACCAACUUCAGCAACAAAGACAGCUGCAACUUCAAAAUGCACAGCAGCAGCAGCAACAACAGCAGCAGCAGCAGCAACAACAACAGCAACAGCAGCAACAACAGCAGCAGCAGCAGCAACAACAACAGCAGCAGCAGCCGCCACCACAACAACAAAGUAAACAACUUAUUCAAAAUCAGCAACUUAAACAGGAGUUCCAGCAGUUACAGCAUCAGCAUAUACAGCAACACCAAAAGCAAAUUCACCAACAUCAGCUUCAGGCUCAACAGUUGCAGCAGCAGUUUCAUCAACAGCAACAGCAACAGCAAGGUCGAGCCAGUGCAAAGGCUGCUCCUGAUGGUGUUGUUUCUGAUGAACAGUGGAUUGAUGGGCCUCGUGUUCACAAGUCACGUGUUGCAGCUGCACAGAAAUUAAAAACCAACAAAUCAGAAACUUGGGUUGACGGGCCUCAGGUAACACCAGCAGGCUAUGGUUUUAUGGAUGACCACAAGAAAACCAUGAUUGAGAGGUGGGUAGCAGUCCAGACAGCACAGGUUGUGCAGCAGCUAGAGCAACAGCAGACUGUACCAGCCCAAGCACCAGCGCAGACUUCUGCAACCCAGCAGCAGUUCACGCAUCUCACACAGUUCCGAACUUGUGAAGAAUCGACACUAGACAGUGACCAAGACACCCUAAGUGAAGAUCCUCCAUCUGGUCCUGGACGACCAGCUGGACCUGAUGCUGCCUUGCCACCGCAGCCGAAUCUGAUAGAGGAACUUGAGAGAAAGAAUCUUAUUCCUUCAGAGGAUCCUGAGGAUGAGAAGAGUGAAGACCUGAAGCCAGCACCCAGUGAGAGUGAAUCCCCUGUAAAGGAAUCUCUGAUAGAGGAGAAGAGCAGUGAGCCACAGUGCUCCCCUGAUGAGGAGUCUGGGGCUGAAGAGCCUUCCAUUGAUGAUAUCUGUUCCCAGUGUGAAGCUUUGGCUGAAGAGUGCGAAGAGCUGAGCUCACUUCUGUCAUGUGAGGAGGAAGAAUGUAAACGUCAAGCACAUCUUGGUCUUGCCACUGUAUUAGAAGAACCUGAAUUAGAAGCAGCUGUAGCAGCUGAGGAAGCAGAUGGACUACAGGGUGAAGGUGAUGAGGAAGCUGGUCAGGAUGGAGAUGAUGUCAGUUCAACCCCAAGACGCGGCUGGAUCAGACGAUCCAUAGCGUCCUCAGGCACACAUCACUCCACAGAACUCAUCGAAGUCCAAGUUCCAGACUAUCCUAUCAUAACCGUUGACUGUAGUAUUCAAGUAUGUGAAGAAGAUAUUGUGCGAGCUCUCGCAGACACUCCCUGCCAGAGUGAGGUGAUGAGUGUUGAAACCAGUGAUGACCACCCUCUCAGAGUUCUGUCGGAAGAAAAUUUGACAUGUGCAUCCACAUUCACAG